AUGAUUUUUUACAUUUUCGAUUGCCUUAUUAGAAACAAAGUUUUGCGUGUGCUGGUCAAAACAGACAGAGAUAUUCUCAAUUAUGUCGUCAAUGACUUACUUUGCUCCAAAUUGCUCUGGAUCGAAAAAACGAAGGAUAUCAAAUCAAUAAAUACGGUAGACAUAUUCAUCGACGAUGGGGACGACUUCUGCGAUAAGGUCAGCGCAAAGAUCUACGUUCACGGGCCAAGGUCGCAAAGUAAUCAUGGCAUCGUUCUUCCUAUAACGAUACAGGAUAAACAAGCGCUGGAACUGCUAGAUUACGAAGAAAAAUUUCGCUCUUUCGAGAAAGAAUUGCUUCAACUCGAUGAGAGCGUCUACCCAGAACUUGCUAUCAACUCAGACUUGGAGAAAAAAAUUUCUUAUUUAAACGCACUCUCCGAUUUCUUCACGCAUCGAAAACUCUUCCCAACGAAAGUAGCCAAGGAAUCGUCUAUCGAAAAGAUUCUCAAGAAAAAUCUUGCAGAUCUCGAGAAAAGUCUCAAUAACGAUUUGAUGGUUAUUCAAAGUAUCGAGCUCAGCAUGAAAAAAGAUGAAAUCAAAGAAGAGGACCAAACAAGCCUGCUCAAUUCAAAAGCUCGCCUAGCUGAACUGGAAUUGAAGUGGAAGCGAGAGAAUGCACAAGAAACGCGAAUUAUGAUGGCUCAAUUGGUCGAUGAACUCAAUUUGGCUAAAAUUCGGGCAGCAAAUGAAAAAUUUCAGCUCGCGCAGAAAGUCCUUCUCAAGCUGGAGUCGAUGAAUUCGUUUAUUCAGGACCGUAUCAACUAA